AAGCCGGAAAUGAAGAACUUACCACUCUAUUUCCUCCGGUCACCGCCGUCUCUCCGGCUGCCGGUGUCCGCUGCAAACUCCUUCUUGGCUCACCUCUCCUAUUUCAUAACCCUCUCUCUCAUUGGCUAUGGAUCCUUAAAGCUAACCAAAACUAGAACCUCGGCCACCCCGAAUGACCUCAACAUUUUCUUCACCUCCGUCUCGGCCGCCACAGUUUCGAGCAUGUCUGUCGUCGAAAUGGAAGUUUUCUCCAACUUCCAACUCCUCAUCAUCACCACCCUCAUGUUCCUCGGCGGCGAAGUCUUCCUCUCCGCCGUCAGCUUCCAACUCUCCCACCGAAACAAACAAACCAACCACGACAUUCCUCGCACCGCCGAGUUCGAAAACGAAUCAGCCACCGUCGAUGAGCUAAGCAUCUCAAAAUCAUCAUUCAAGGUGUUGGGUCGGAUUAUAAUUGGGUAUCUUUUAGCGACGAAUAUCGGCGGUGCGUGCAUGAUCAUCAUAUACCUAAUUAUGGUGCCUCAUGCAAGGCACGUGCUUGAAAUCAAAGGCAUAAAUUUCAUAACUUUUUCAAUUUUCAGUACGGUUUCUACUUUUACAAAUUGUGGGUUCAUACCUACCAAUGAAAAUAUGAUCGUGUUCAAGAAAAAUUCCGGCCUUUUGAUCAUACUCGCCGCCGAGGUGCUAUUGGGAGGGUGUUUGUAUCCGGUGGGGCUCCGGUUGGUGAUAAUGGCGGCGGCGAAGGUGACGGGGAAGAAGGGGUGGAGGUACAUAUUGAAGAACGACUCGGCGAUGGGGUAUUCACAUCUAUUGUCGGGGGUGCGGUGUCGGUUUCUGGCGGCGACCGCGGCGGGGUUCAUAAUUUUGCAGUUGAUUAUAUUUUGUUCGUUGGAAUGGAACAACUCCGAUGGGAUUUGGGAUGGGAUGAAUCCGUAUGAGAAGGUGGUGGGGUCAUUUUUUCAGGUCAUAAAUUCAAGACAUACCGGAGAAUCUGUGGUGGAUAUCUCUCUGAUCUCGCCGGCGAUCUUGGUCGUAUUUCUUGUCAUGAUGUAUCUUCCACCAUACACAACUUUUUUACCACUAAGGACUAAAGAGAAAGCUUCGAUAACAACGGACGGGAAUGACAAAAGACAACACUUAGUGAAAUUCUUGACGUUCUCACAGCUCUCUUAUUUGGCUAUUUUCAUCACUCUCAUUUGCAUCAGUGAGAGAGACAAGCUCAGAAAUGACCCUCUCAACUUCACUGUACUCAACAUUGCCGUUGAAGUGAUAAGUGCGUAUGGAAACGUUGGGUUCUCAAGUGGGUAUAGCUGCAAAAGACAAGUUGUGGCUGAUAGCACUUGCAGAGAUGCAUGGUAUGGGUUUGCUGGGAGAUGGAGUGCAGAGGGGAAACUUAUUCUCAUUCUUGUCAUGUUCUUUGGAAGAUUGAAAAGCUUUAGUAUGCAUGGUGGGAAAGCAUGGAAACUAUCAUAGGUAGUAUUAUUAUCUUGUAAUCAAUUGAGGUGAUGGGUCCUUCAUGUAAAUAACUAUAGAAUAUAAUAAUUCGCUAUCCAUAGUAUAUAGUUUAAUGGGUUAAGAAUA